AUGCCCAGACAUGAACCGGUCUCGCACGUCAGCUCACUCACGAGCUCUUCCACCGACAGCGGCAGGUCUGCCACAACGGUGAAGCCGUUGCCCUCCAAGCCCUCAUAUUCGACCGGGCCCGUGUCCCCGGAUUUCCGCGCUAUCAUGCACUCGCCCUCGAUCAGCUCCCGCCGUGGCCCGCCGUCGCGUUUGCAGAUGGACGAGAACGGGAAUUUACGACGAAUGUCUUCUGGCAAGGAAGAUUUGCAGGUGUCGCCCACGAUUGCCGCCCAGCGCGGCUCCAUCAUGUCACCGACGCCCAUCUCCGUGAAAGCGGCCCAUCGCGAAAACCGGGUCGACUUUGGCAAUUACCGCCACGAUCUUGCCGCGAUCGACUUCAGCAGUGGUGGUGGCAUCUCCGACGGCACAGCUAGCACAGCCGGGAGCAGCAGCCGGGGAGGAGCCCCUCAGAUCCCACACAUUCCGUCCAUCAGCAACACCGGCCUGCACCAGGUGGCGCCCUGGAUGGCAGGAAUCAGCAGUGCUGGUGGCAGCGUCUCGGCACCCUCCAUCACCAACACACCACACUCGACCUAUUACGACGACUCGAGCGAGAAUGUCUCCGUCGCGUCGCCGCUAUCACCACCUCUGCGCUCGGGCAGCUCCCGGCAGGUGCAGAACCCGACCGGCAGCGAAUCGCCCGAGGCGCUCUACUAUGGCGACGAGCGCAGACCUUCUAUCGCCAGCGUCGCCACCGCUAGCAGCCAGGGCUCUAGGGCUAGCGAUCGUCGUGGCGGCGGUUUUCGCAAGCUGCAGGGCUUCUUCGGCGAGGAGUACCCUGGCCGCGACUCGUCAGAGACGAGCCUGAACACCAAGGAGCAGCGCUCUCACAGCCACAGCCACGGCCGCCCGCAUCGAGAUCGCAACUACUCCAACGCGACGGAUCAUACCAGGGACGCCUCGCCUGCUUCUUCUCGCCCACGCACCCCUGUCCCGGCGCCAGAAGUCGUUCCCUUUCUCUACCAAGAAGCCAAUGACAUUGUCAAAUACGGCGAGGCGCCAGUGCGAAACAUCCUCAGCGGCCCCGACCGAGACCGCUAUGUGACCGAUGCGUUAUCCCAGAUACCUCCGAAGACUUCAUCUUCCUCCCGGUCCGCCCACUCCAUCGCCCACAUGCCCCACCACCGCCACAACAAGAGCAAUGACGAUCCUCGGUCGCUGCGGCCAACGAUCAGCAGAGAAGAUUCUUUAGCCAACAUGCGAGAACGGGCAAAUCCCUCCUUCUCUUCCGCUAGGCCUCGCGCCCAGAGCCCCACUCCGAGCGGUCAUAGCGGCAGCACGAUCUUUGGGCCUUCAAAGAGCAGCAGUAUCGCUGAAGGGCAGAUUUCCCCUAGCGGCCACCAGCCCAAGAGAGGCAUUCUCGGCCGACUACGAAGACACAAAGACAAGGAUGAAGGGCUUGGCAUGGCCGGCCUGUCCACACCGGCGAAGCUCGUCUCGUAUUCGACUCAGAGCCUAUUGUCCCGUCCGUUGCGACAGGAGCUUCCUCGACUGGACGGCGGACCGCUCCUUUUUGGCUCGGACCUUCCGCAGCGCUACUACGGCAACGCUGAAUCGGCUGCCUCUAUCCGUUCGGGCAUCAGCUCGAAGCAGGCGACCUUCAACAACAAAUUUCCCUUUUCUAAGAAGCCGCGGACACCGCGCCAUACAGAUGACCAGGAGGAAAUGAUCGGACCCACAGACCGAGCUGACGGCGGCACGCGUUUUUACUUGGACACCGAUCUAAACAACAUGGACGGCAAUUUGGGCCGUCCCCUGCCCCUCACGCCCAUGGAUGUCGACUUCCUGCGCGGAGUGGAAGCCGACAAGGCCAACAAGAACACGGCACGGGUCAAUCAUUACUACAACAAGAAUGCGGCGAGCGCACGAGCUGCCCCCGUAAACAGCACGGUGAACGGCACCCGGAGCAGCUCAGAGAAGAGCUCCAACGGACCGGGCAACCCUGCAGGAGAGGCGACCGGUCCAAACGGCGCGUGGAAUGCGCCGGACAGCUGGGCCGUUCGUCGGACUGACGAAUUGCACCAAGGACCGGAAACCGACGACUAUGGCAGCCCGCCCCGUCCGGAAGAAGAUGCGGUCAUUUACUGCAUCCGCGUUUUCAAGAGCGACGGAACCUUCGCCACCCUGCCGAUGUCCUUGAACGCGUCCGUCCAAGACAUGAUCAGCGUCAUGGCCAAGCGUGUCUUUACGGAAAGCCAAAACUACCAGAUCGUGCUGAAACGUCAUGACCUUAUUCGCAUCCUCGGCUCUGGCGACCGUCCUCUGAUCAUCCAGAAGCGGCUACUCCAGCAGGUCGGCUACGAAGAGAGCGACCAUCUGGGCGACCUCGGCCGCGAGGACAACAGCUACCUGUGCCGCUUCCUCUUCCUGACCGCCCACGACAGCGAUUUUCAGACCAAGGUGGACAUCGGACUGGGGCGCAUGCCCAAGCUCAACCACGUGGACCUCUCCGGCCGUAACCUGAUCACGAUCCCCAUCAGUCUCUACAAGAAGGCAAGUGACAUCAUGUCCCUGAAUCUGUCACGAAAUCUCUCGCUCGACGUGCCCCGGGACUUCAUACAGUCCUGCGUCAAUCUUCGCGACAUCAAGUACAGCAACAACGAGGUGCGGAAGCUGCCUCCCAGUCUUGGCCGCGCUAGCCGCCUGACCUUCCUCGACGUCUCCAACAACCGGGUCGAGAACCUUAAUAACGCCGGGCUCGAGGAGAUUGUAGGAAUCUUGAAGCUGAAUAUGGCCAACAACCGGCUGAAGCAGCUACCGUCCUACUUUGGUGCCUAUCGCUCCCUGCGCCAGCUCAACAUCUCGUCCAACUUCCUCGACAAGUUUCCCGGCUUCCUCUGUGACAUGGAGAGCUUGAUUGACCUGGAUCUGAGUUUCAACCUCAUCGACUCCCUUCCCGACGAGAUUGGCAAGCUGAGAAAUCUGGAAAAGUUUGUCAUCACCAACAAUCGUCUGAGUGGCAGCCUGCCUGUGGGCUUCCGACAAUUGGAAAGCCUGCGCGAGCUUGAUGUCAAGUACAAUGCCAUCACCAGCAUUGACGUGAUCUCCGACCUGCCUAAGCUCGAAAUUCUCACAGCCGACCACAACAACAUUUCACAAUUCGUCGGCAGCUUCGAGCGGCUCCGGACGCUCAAGCUCAAUGCCAAUCCCAUCACCAGAUUCGAGAUCAAAAGCCCGUUGCCUACCCUCAAGUUGCUCAAUCUGUCUAAUGCGCAGCUUGCCAGUAUCGCUGAUUCUUUCAACAACAUUCGCAACCUGGAGCGGCUGCAUUUGGACAAGAACUACUUCGUGUCGCUGCCCAACCAGAUCGGCAACCUGGGUCGGUUGGAAACGUUUAGCAUUGCCAACAAUUCAGUCGGCGAGCUGCCGCCGGAGAUUGGAUGCCUUAUGGAGCUGCGCGUGUUGGACGUGCGCGGAAACAACAUCCGCAAGCUGCCCAUGGAGCUGUGGUGGGCAAACAAGCUGGAAACACUGAACGCGUCAUCCAACGUGCUCGACAACUUCCCCAAACCAGCAUCACGGCCACCCCAGGUACCGGGCGAGCCGGUUACGAAGGACUCGAUGUCGAGCGGUGCAAGCAGACUGAACAGCACCGUCGGCACGCUCUCCUCGAAGCCAAGCUCGGAGGAGCUCAGCGUCGACGACUCUCGGCGGCCCAGCCAAGCGUCAAGCACGCUGCUGAGCGUCGGCCCCUCGCCGGUGCCGUCCGGCCCCGAUCGCAAGAGUUCGGUCGUCUCGGUUUACGGCAAAGGAGGCCGGAAGACAUCGGUCGUCUCGCGGAGCACUGCGCAGACGGGCGGUAGCUCAACACCAACGGCAAUCUCGCGAAAGGACUCGGGCUUGUCGUCGCGCAUCACCAACACGUUUGCCGGCUCGCUGCGAAACCUUUACUUGGCCGACAACCAGCUGGAUGACGAUGUGUUUGAGCAGCUGGCGCUACUGGGCGAGCUUCGGGUGCUGAACGCCUCAUACAACGAAAUCACCGACAUGCCGCAGCGGUCUAUGACCAAGUGGCCCCAGCUGGUGGAGUUGUACCUCUCUGGAAACGAGCUCACCACGCUACCCGCGGACGACCUGGGCGAGUACAGCAUGCUGCAGGUGUUGCAUAUCAACAACAACAAGUUCACCAACCUACCUGCAGAUAUCUCGCGGGCGAAGAAGCUGGCGGUGCUUGACUGCGGCAACAACUCGCUCAAGUACAACAUCUCCAACGUGCCGUACGACUGGAACUGGAACCUCAACCCGAACCUUCGAUACCUAAAUCUGUCCGGCAACCGGCGCCUGGACAUCAAGCAGACGACGUUCGGGUCGACGGCACGACCGACAGAGAGCUACACCGACUUCAACCGGCUGCUGACGCUGCGUGUGCUGGGCCUGAUGGACGUGACGCUGACGCAGCCGAGCGUCCCCGACCAGAGCGAAGACCGCCGUGUGCGCACAUCGGGCUCCAUGGCCGGCUUCUUGCCCUACGGCAUGGCCGACACGCUCGGCAAAAACGAGCAUCUAUCCACGAUUGACCUCAUCACGCCACAGUUCAGCUCAAACGACGGUACUAAGCAGGACACGCUACUCUGCCUGUUCGACGGACAGGCGCUGUCUUCGGGAGGGUCCAAGAUCGCCAAGUACCUGCACGAGAACUUCGGCCGGGUCUUCUUGUCGGAACUGAAGGUGCUGAAGCCGGCGCAGCACGAGACGGUGGAGGAUGCGUUGCGGCGGGCGUUCCUGACACUUAACAAGGACCUGGUGACGAGCUCGAUCCAGGCAGACGACAGGAUGCCGCUGGCAUCAACCAAGGUGCACCGGGGCUCGGUCGCGUCAAUGGUCAUGACCAAAGAGGACCUCAACUCGGGCGGCGUAGCAACGGUAGUGUACCUGCAGGGCCAGGAGCUAUACGUGGCCAACGUCGGCGACGCGCAGGCGAUGCUCAUCCAGAGCGACAGCUCGCACAAGAUCCUGACGCGUAAGCACGACCCAGCAGAGCCGAGCGAGCGGUCGCGGAUUCGUGACGCAGGCGGCUGGGUGUCCCACAACGGACGGCUGAACGACAUGCUGGAAGUGUCGCGAGCGUUUGGGUAUGCAGACCUGAUGCCGGCGGUCAUGGCGGCGCCCCACGUGACACACUGGACGGUACGCGAGCAGGACGAGACGGUGGUGAUCGCGACAAGGGAGCUGUGGGAGUACCUGACGCCGGGCCUGGUGGUAGACAUUGCACGACAGGAGCGUGGCGACCUGAUGCGGGCGGCGCAGAAGCUACGGGACCUGGCGAUGGCUUACGGAGCCAGCGGCAAGAUCAUGGUGAUGAUGUUGAGCAUUGCAGAUCUGAAGCGCAAGGCCGAGCGGUCGCGGCUGCACCGGGGCCAGAGCAUGUCACUGUAUCCGCUGAGCUUGCAGGAGGAGACGUCUCAGUUCCUGCCAACGCGGCGUGGCAAGCGGACAAAAGGCGAGGUGUUGGACUCGACGCUGCAGCGGCUGGAGGCAGAAGUGCCAGCGCCUACGGGUCUGAUCUCGAUCGUGUUCACGGAUAUCAAAAGCUCGACGAACCUGUGGGAGACGUACCCGGCGGCGAUGCGGUCGGCCAUCAAGCUGCACAACGAGGUGAUGCGUCGGCAGCUGCGGCUCAUUGGUGGUUUCGAGGUCAAGACGGAAGGCGACGCGUUCAUGGUGUCGUUCCCGACGGCGACGUCGGCACUGCUGUGGGCUUUUGUUGUGCAGCUGCAGCUGCUCGAGGUGCAGUGGCCGACAGAGAUGCUCAACUCCACUUCCUGCCAGGAAAUCAUGGACAAAGACAACAACGUCGUCUUCCGGGGGCUGUCGGUGCGCAUGGGCAUUCACUGGGGCGAGCCGCUCUGCGAACCGGACCCGAUCACGCGGCGAAUGGACUACUACGGGCCGAUGGUGAACAAGGCAUCGCGUAUCUCUAGUGUGGCCGACGGUGGCCAGAUCACGGUGUCAUCCGAUUUUGUCUCGGAGAUCCAGCGCUGUCUGGAGACGUACCAGGAGUCGCCGACCGGCAGCAUCGGCAGCAGCGAGGAUCCGGCCGUAGGCAGCGCAACCGGCGCCGGGAUCGGUGGCAGCGGCACUGGCAGCACAGCAGGGGCGUCGUCGGCGAUGAUGGGCUUUGACGACGACGUGUUUGCCCAGGCAAUUCGCAAGGAGCUGCGGGCGCUCUCAUCACAGGGAUUUGAAGUCAAGGAGAUGGGCGAGAUCAAGCUCAAGGGCCUCGAGAAUCCGGAGGUGGUGUACUCGCUGUACCCACACGCUUUGGCCGGUCGCAUGGAUGCGCACCAACACCACGAAAGGCUGGCGGCUGCAGUGGCGGCUGCAUCGCAGGAGGCCGAAGGCCAGGCGGCCGCAGGGCCCGUCAUGGCGGUCCCCAAGACGAUCAACCUGGGCGAUCCAGACGAAGAGGUGCUGAGGUCGAUUCCCGAGGCAGUCUGGGGUCUGUGGCGGGUGAGCCUGCGGUUGGAGAUGCUAUGCAGCUCGCUGGAGGAGGCCGGCGGCUGUGGGCUGCAGCCGCCAGGAACAGAGCUGUUGGAGCAGAUGAAACAGCGUGGCGCGAACGUGACGGAGGAGUUCAUGAUCAGUUUCUUCUCUCAUCAAGUGAGCCGGAUUGAGACGUGCGUCACAACUCUGACGCUGCGACACAUGGCCAUAGGCGGUGGUCCGAUCGGCCGGCUAGACGACCUCCGGGGGCCCAUGGCAGACGUCUUCGCUUCUUUCCAGCACCAGCUCGCCGAGCUCCAGCAAUACCGCACGCGGUACGGAAGCAUCGAACUGGUUGACAACGCUGGCGAUGCGGACGAUGCCCACGAUGCUCACGACGAUGACGAAGGCAGUGAUACGGAGCAAGAAUAG